CGUGGACAACAGUCGCUACGAACAGCCUUGGUGGAAGCCUUUAUCUUCCGGGGCGAGGCUCGUGGGAGAUGCGUGCUGUGCGGCAGACGAUCAAUACACCUGCUCCGCCGAAAGGACUCUUCAUCAUCCUUCUGAUGCACAAUGUGAGUCCAACCACGACCAGGAGCCUGGUGCCGGCGCCGAAGACCCGCCUGAGGGCGGAGCUCGCUGUAAGCUGCUUGGAACAAACAACGCGACGAGUGUGCUGCAAGACGAGCCUAGGGACCAGGAGCGGGACGACACCAGGGUGCAACGGCAGCAAGAUGAGGAAGGAGCGUCAGCAUUUUCUUCUGAAGUCGACCUGCCGUCCUCAAUCUUCACAGGGUCAGAAGAUGAGACAGUGAAGCCUGGAUACAACUCCGCCAAUAACCAUGUUGAUCCGCCCAGACCGAGCAUGUCGGUGCAGCAGCUCUCCGCGAUUUUGUACUUGUUCCCCAGCAGCACCAAAGAAUUUCUUGAGGAUGAUGUGGUGCAGACCACAAGCGAGCAAAGCCGCCAAGCGCAAACUUCUCGUCCUCCUCGUCCUAGAACCAGCAACGACGUCAACCUGCACGCCCGGAAUCUCACCGAUUUGGCCGAUUUUAUCGUAGCGCACCAGAACCUUACAGUGUUACAGAAGAAAGUUCUUCAGGUCGAAGAAGAUUCGCUCAACUACUUUGUUGGAGAACAACAUCACGAUCAACAAGGUGGAAUUGGAAUUGGUCCGCAUCAUCACGCGGGGGUUCUUUACAUCCUGUCAGAAUCGCACUUGACGCUGCAUUUUUACAACGAGGUGAGGCCACGGCCUGCAACGAGCUCGCCCACGUCUACUUCUACAUCAGGCGAAAGCACUUCGUCUCGCACUACAAGCCGCGUCAGCUCAGCAUUAGGACGCACAAGAAUCAUCCUGGAGCUUACAACGUGCCAGGAUUUCGCAACUCUCGACGCGAAAACGUCGGUUUUUCUGCAGCCGAGCACUUUCAUUGCUGACUUGGAAAAAGCCACGGCAAAAAUUUUCGAUUUGCAAGACGUGUUCGUACGCUGGGGCGUGCAGCUGUGGGGAACGGUGGGAGUGGAGCAAGAUGAGUUCGCUAAAAUGAACUUAGAAGUAGGACACGAACAACAAGGCGAUCAUGCUCCAGCUUCUGCCGGAUCGAAAGUUGUAACUACGGCGCCACCUCCUAUGGGCAUUGCGUUGCAGCUGAGCCUAAACCUUGCAGAAGUCAGCGCAGGAGCAGCACUACCAGGGGGAGAACGAGCUGUCUUCGAAAGCCAGACUACUUCUAGCAACACAACCUACCUCUUCGGUGCGGGUUUUGGUAAAUCAGGUUCGUCUUCCUCUUCUUCUUCGCAGUGGGACGGUUUGCAGACGCAAUUGCAAGACACGCUCGGUGGGUUCAAGUAUCUGGUCGGAAAGGCGGGUUGUAUUGAACAUGCGGAACAAGAAACGACCGAAGUGACCUCUUCGUUCACCGCCCCAACAUCUUGCAGCCUGGAAGUGUGGAGUUUCAGUGACGCAGCCGCGCUGGCUGCGCAACUUGAUGCGGCAGCAGGAGAAGAUGAAGAAAGUCGUGAACAGGAGCAGGAAAGAACCAGAGGAGAUGAUCUGAAGACCCCCAGCACUGGCGUCGAAGACGAAGAUCCCCUUGCCGCCUCCUACUUUCCAGAAGACGAGUCAGACGACCUGCCGCAGCACAGCUACCUCAGCCACCGGGUAUUUUUCCGUUUCAAUACGAGGAUUCACGUCCUGAAUGCCAUUCCGGCGAUGAAAUUAGCCAAUUUGGCGCUGAGGUCAAUAAUUAAUGUCGUAGAAGAAGAUCAUGAAGACGGUGGGGAACAAGAGCAAGGUCCAGAGAUUGUAGAAGAGCUAGACCAGGGGAAACCGAAACUCGUAGUGCCUUCUACUGAAGGAAGCAGUGCUGGACGACGUCACGCCCAUGAUGUUAACGCGCUGCAGACAUCAACUAGCGCCAGCAGCAAAAACUCUCCGGACGAAGCGAACAAGAAAAUCGACAUUGUGAUCCUCGGGGGCGGGUUGGGCACCGGCUUGCAAGCUGUUCUAGGCUUCAAAGAGCAGGACGAAGACGGUAGAGUUGCGAAAAAAUCGAGAGCUAGUGGCUCUUCCUCCUCAUCGUCAUCCAGGAUCGGGAAAAUCACGAUUGUUGAUUCCUCUUCCGAUGUGCGAGUGUUGGCCGCUCAACUGUACGGAGAGGAGGUGGUGCAUCUUCAAGCAGGAAACCACAAUGAUUCAAGUGGGACGUCGACCGGAGUCCUCCAUAGCCAACUCAUUCCUACCUCGUUUUUCCACGAAGCAGAAUUCGUAGCUUACGGAGCAGGACGAGAUCUCUUCCAAUGGUUGCACACAGCGCCUCGAAGCCGAAGGAUGAAUUGGAGUCGGGCAGUAGAGGAGGAAGUUGAUUCAAGAAGUGGUCGUGAAGAAGAACAUCGACAACUGCAGCAGCAUGCCAUUGCUGUGGGUAGAAGUUCAUCUCAUGCAAGAACUGAGCAAGAUCUUGGCUCGCGCAAGUACUACACGACGUUUCUUCUGUGCGAGUAUUGCCACGUGUUUUUGCAACAGCGUGUGGAGAAGGAGUUGCGAACUUUUUCACGACCCUAUGGGCAGGCGGGGACCACUCAGCGGCCGCCGUGGUCUUCCGAUGUAGUGGAAGGGGUUCUCGACCAAAUCGCAGGAGAUCUAGCCGGAUACCACGAGCACAUAGUUGGCAGCCCAACGAGCAGCGAAGAUGUCGAAACUGAGAGUAAUCACCAUGACGACAACUACAGUCACGGCUCCGCCUCCUCCAAGAAACGGAGCAACAUUGUUUUUGCGGCCCAGAUGGGCUUCAAUCCGGGCGGGUUGAGCAGCUACGCGACGGGACACGUCACCCCGGGAGAGAGCACAAGGAGAAUGGAACUGUUUGGGUACGAUGAAGAUCAUGAAGAAUCGAACAAGGCGGGUCGUGUAAACAGCGAUAAUUCACCGCUCCAAUUUUUUGAAGAUGCCGCGGCAGAAGAAGGAGAAGAAGAUAUGGGCAAGCCGCACCCGCCAUUGGUUGAAAGUCGCGCGGGAAGUGUUGACCAGGAGCCGAUGCGUCAGCAGAAGGAGCAAGUUCUUGAAGAAGACAUCAAAACAAAAACUCGCCGGCAAGGUAGUAAAUUUUUUUUGAGCCAGAAAAAUCACGACGACCCCUCGGAGUUUCAAGACCUUUUCUUUCUUUCCCUGCGGCGGCAUUUCCGGUUUGUGCACGUGUGGCAGGACAAUUUCCGCGAAUUUUACGUCAUCGCAACCAACAUGGAAGGGUUCCAAUUGGCGGUAUGAGCAGAGCCGGGGUUGUUGUAGGUUCUCACCUAGUGAUCUUCGCAAUUAUGAGAUUGAAAGAGUGUAGGAUUUUUUUCAAUGUUUUUAUGAAACACGGUAAGUAUCAGCCUGUUGUACAAUCGUUUCUCGUCUCGCAGGCAACAUUGAGAUAGUUAUGUAGCAAAAAGAUGACCUCCAGGUGGUCGCACAGACAUCCGCAGACAAUGUUGCCACCGUUGUCACUAAAACUCAGCGGAGGAAUCAGAAUUUCGAUUGCUUUGCAAAAUCGCAGCUGCGAUAAGAGAAAUAUGGGACAAGAUGGUUUCACCAGUAUGAAUCAAAUGAUCGCGCUCGCGUUGUCGUUGACGCCGGCGUGGUCCAAAAGGUUCUGCACGAGCAGGUUUGCUUUCCGUCUUUUUCGC